AAAAACCAACAAUACACUCAAUGGCACUCCAGAUAUUGGAAUUAGCAGAGACCCAGAUUGUAUACCAAUGAUGCCUACUACACUCAAAGAGAUGAAAGCCAAGAUUCAUAAUUUUGGCAAAGAAUAGGAUGCUAUAAAAAUGAACAUAACAGAUGCCAGAAGAAUCAAAUAGAAAUUCCAAAACUUGGGGCACUUGGGUGGCUCAGGAAGCUGAAUAUGGUGGGCAUGAUCAGAUAGAUUUGUAUGAUGAUGUCAUCUCUCCAUCUGCAAAUAAUGGAGAUGCCCCAGAAGACCGUGAUUACAUGGACACUCUCCCACCAACUGUUGGUGAUGAUGUGGGUAAAGGAGCAGCACCAAAUGUUGUCUAUACAUAUACUGGAAAGAGAAUUGCAUUGUAUAUUGGAAAUCUAACAUGGUGGACAACAGAUGAAGACUUAACUGAAGCAGUUCAUUCUUUGGGAGUGAAUGAUAUUUUGGAGAUAAAAUUUUUUGAAAAUCGGGCAAAUGGCCAGUCAAAGGGGUUUGCCCUUGUUGGUGUUGGAUCUGAAGCAUCCUCAAAAAAGUUAAUGGAUCUGUUGCCUAAAAGAGAACUUCAUGGUCAGAAUCCUGUUGUAACUCCAUGCAAUAAACAGUUCCUGAGUCAAUUUGAAAUGCAGUCCAGGAAAACUACACAAUCAGGACAAAUGUCUGGGGAAGGUAAAGCUGGUCCUCCAGGAGGCAGUUCACGUGCAGCAUUUCCACAAGGUGGUAGAGGACGGGGCCGUUUUCCAGGGGCUGUUCCCGGUGGGGACAGAUUUCCUGGACCAGCAGGACCAGGAGGGCCACCCCCACCUUUUCCAGGAAAUUUGAUCAAGCAUCUUGUUAAAGGAACUCGGCCUUUGUUCCUGGAAACUAGGAUUCCAUGGCAUAUGGGGCACAGCAUAGAGGAAAUACCCAUUUUUGGCCUAAAAGCUGGACAGACUCCGCCACGUCCACCCUUGGGCCCUCCAGGCCCACCUGGUCCACCGGGUCCUCCACCUCCGGGUCAGGUUCUGCCUCCCCCUUUAGCUGGGCCUCCUAAUCGAGGAGAUCGCCCUCCACCACCAGUUCUUUUUCCUGGACAGCCUUUUGGGCAGCCUCCGCUGGGCCCGCUUCCUCCCGGCCCUCCACCUCCAGUUCCAGGCUACGGCCCCCCUCCUGGCCCACCACCUCCACAACAGGGACCACCUCCACCUCCAGGCCCCUUUCCACCUCGCCCACCCGGCCCUCUUGGGCCGCCCCUUACACUUGCUCCUCCUCCGCAUCUUCCUGGACCACCUCCAGGUGCCCCACCACCAGCUCCACAUGUGAACCCGGCUUUCUUUCCUCCACCGACUAACAGCGGCAUGCCUACAUCAGAUAGCCGGGGCCCACCGCCAACAGAUCCGUAUGGCCGACCCCCACCCUAUGACAGGGGUGACUAUGGGCCUCCUGGGAGGGAAAUGGAUACUGCAAGAACGCCAUUGAGUGAAGCUGAGUUUGAAGAAAUCAUGAAUAGAAAUAGGGCAAUCUCAAGCAGUGCUAUUUCAAGAGCUGUAUCUGAUGCCAGUGCUGGUGAUUAUGGGAGUGCUAUUGAGACAUUGGUAACUGCAAUUUCUUUAAUUAAACAAUCCAAAGUAUCUGCUGAUGAUCGUUGCAAAGUUCUUAUUAGCUCUUUGCAAGAUUGCCUUCAUGGAAUUGAAUCCAAGUCUUAUGGUUCUGGAUCAAGAAGACGUGAACGAUCAAGAGAGAGGGACCAUAGUAGAUCACGAGAAAAGAGUCGGCGUCAUAAAUCCCGUAGUAGAGAUCGUCAUGAUGAUUAUUAUAGAGAGAGAAGCAGAGAACGAGAGAGACACCGGGAUCGGGACCGAGACCGGGACCGAGAACGGGACCGAGAGCGCGAGUAUCGUCAUCGUUAGAAGAAGCUGAAGGAAGAGGAACACCUUCCAAGACAAAACAGUCUUCAUGGGGGAAAAAUGACGCUUGUCCAGCAGUUUGCUUCUUGUGAUUGAACUGAACCUGUAAGGAUUCAUGGAUAAAAUGAACAGGAAUAGAUCUGAAUAAAGCAAAUCUGCAUAAAUGGUAACCAGUAGCUCUACUUUAUUUUUUAUGUUGCUUAACUGUUUUAUUUGAAGGAAACCUGUGUGAUUUAAAAAGUUAUAGCUUUUGCAACUUUAUUACUGGUUAUAUACAUUUGGCCAUUAUAAUGUGCAAGCAAUUGGAAAAAAACCGUCAAGUAAAUGCUUGUUUUUAUAGUAGUUUGUUCUUGUUAAAAAUGUUCAUAUGAUAAUGUCUGUAAACAGCACCACUUUGAUUACAAUAGAUGUAGUGUUGUAAUAAACUGUUUAAUGGGGCUGAUGUGUAAAGCUGUUCAAGUUAUUUGAUGUUUACACCUCAGGGAAAGUCUUGUGUUCAGCAAUAUCUAAAGAUAAUGUUACUAUGACAUUUAUACUGUCCUUUAAAAAAGCAUUGCAAUAGCGUUUUUGGAUAUGCACCAAUCUAAUCUUGCGUUCAGUGAAUUAAACAUACUAAUUAAGUGUCUCUUGCCCUUGAUUUUGAUAUUAGAAUAGGUGAUUACAUGGAUAUUUAAUAUUUCUAUAUUCUGCUUUUCUAGCUGUUUUUACCUAGUUAGCUUGUGAUUUUGCUGAAUGGUAUGUAAACUUGUAAAAUUUCACAGACAUAGCAAUCCAGUCAAUGUGUUAGGGGUCAAAAAAAAUUUUGUGGUUUUAACAUUUGAGUAAAAACCCAUACGUUAUUUGCUACAGUAAUGCAGCUUAAUUACAACAGAUGUACUGAAACGCUUAAUUGUAAACUGCUAGCAUUGAAGAAAUAUUUUGACAAUUCUGAUUUGAUGCGGCAGUUAUUUGCUGUUUUAUAUUAAUAGUGCUUAUGGUUUAUUUUUGAAGCCAUAGGCAAUGUAAAUACAGCCGUGCAGCAGACAAAUGUGAGUAAGGAGAGCAUUAGUUUUAUUUUCUGGUUACUAUAGAUUUCAGAAGGGCGUGAUGCUUACUAAUACCGAGUUGUUUUCUCCUGUAUGUGUAAUGGGUGAUUAUAGGUGUACCCUGUCACCACAGUUUAAGGAAUCUUGUGUGUAUUCAUGCAACCUUUUGAUUCAUGCUAGAGUUACUUACUAAUCAAAGAUUUUUUUCAAAUCUGCCUUGCAUAUAGGCCGACAUUUAAAAAACUUGGCUAGCAUGUGUUCUUAAUUGCAAAAUUAGCAUAGGCAGAGUGUCAACUUGAUUAGAUACUUUUAUAGGAAGGUCCUUCCGAAUCACUACUUCAGAAAUUUGAGUUGAAAUCCUAAGCAAGUUAAUUUGUUUUUAAGAUUUGAUUAUCUUUAAGAGAUCUGGUAAUACACGUUGGUUUUUUGUUUUUUUUUAAUACAGCCAAAUUUUAGGGCAAUGCUUUAAGUAUUUAGGUACCCUAAAUAUUAUGUCAUGUGCAACUUGUAGAAGCCCUCCAAAGAUUUGCACUGCAGUUCUUCACUUUCCUUUUGUCCGCUAUCACGCUAGUUCUUACAAAAUUAGCUGUUUCAAAUUAUUUAUAUUCUUGCUAGUUUUAUUUUAAAACAUUUUAUGAUUAGAGUACUUGUGCAUGGGAUCACUGGUGUUUAUCAGAACUGUUUGCUCUCAAAUUUUUCAAGUGUUCUAUCUUGUUGAAAAUGCAGUUGCCUUUUUUUUUUAACAUUAUUUGAGAGUUGUAUCAAAAUCGGUUUUCUUGUUUUGUGUAUAGGUAUUGUUUUGUCAUUCCUUAGCUUUUUUUAUAUUUUAAUUCUAAUGCCCUAAUGUGAAGAAGUAUGGACAUAAAUAUAUUACAAGGGAAAUUAGUUAAUAGUUUAAAAAGGUAAGUAAAUGUCCAUGAGAAUAAGAUACUCUGAGAGUUUUAAAAUGGAAUUCUAAAAAUCUAACUGCUUGAACUUGAGAUGAAACUGGAAAUUUUGUGCUAAUUAAAUCCUUCAUUUACUUUUUUGUUUUUUAUCAGUGGAACCCUUUAAUUGCUUAUUCUAUAUCACUACGUGGCUGAUCUCAUUACGUGACUUUUGUUGCAGACAAUGUGAGUGUACUAGAAUUGUUUGCUGUUAGUCCGUUAUUUUUAAGUGUUGUCAGAAGGAAAUAACUUUUUGGUUUGACCCAUUUUUAGUCUUCUAUCUGAUAACACAUGAAUGUAUAGCAGUAAAGGUGAAAAUUGCAAGCCUUGUUUAAUUCUUCAUAUCCCUGUGUUGUUUAUGAGCUAAUGUUAUUUGAAAACUCUUUCUUUCUUUUUUUUUUUAACGUGUAAAAACAAUCCAAAGAGAGAAAUCAUUACAUAGACACCAAAAAAAAAAAAAAAAAAAAAAGACAGAGAAAGAGAGUUUCAGAGACCUUUUCAUUUCUUCUUCUUCUUAAUAAUUGUAGUGACAUGAAAACAACUUUGAGUUUUAACUUUAAGCCAUAGGCAUUUAUUAGUGCUCUGCGAUCACAUUCCUUUCAGCCGUAGUUAUGAAUGAGUGAUACAGCACCUCAGUGGUAUUGCUUCUGAAGCAACAUUUUGAAUCAGAUGUGCUACUUUUAGCUAAAGGACACAUGUUUUGGAAGGGAUAUUCCAGUGUAAGUUUGGAAGUGUUUAUUUUGUCAGUUUUCAUAAGCAAGAUUUGUAGUAAGUUGCAGUGGCUGUUGAUCAUAGUUUAGCCCAUUUAAUGGCCCUUUUACUCAGAAUAUUCUUAAGCAGUUAACUACAAUUUGGAGUUCACAGAUAACUUAAGGAUUGUAGCUUAAGGUGUUAUUUUCAUUUAAUUCUCCUGUGGAGAAUACUGCUUUGUUUUUUACUAGUUUAAGGUCAGUUCUUUAAAUAAACAACAGGAUUUUAAUGAAUGUUGUAUAACAUUUUAUAGUGAAAGGGGGAAAUUGUUGGAAGGGUAAAGACUUUCUCUUUCCCUUAUGUAUUUAAAUGUGCCAAUAACCUAAAUACAUACUGUUUUAUACAAUGAAAUGCUACUAUGAGACUUUCUGUUGGAGUUCUCUCAACAUUUUGGUUUUCAUACCUGAAUGAUCAUUGCAUUUUCUGUAUUUUAUAAGAUGGCUCCAAUUUUGUGUUUUAAGCUUCAGCCUGUUAUUUUAAGAGGAAGUUUAUGUUCUGAUUCCUUACUAGAAUACAGUAUUGAGAGUCUUACUGUUUUACAGAUAACUGCCUUUUAAAUUUUAUUCAUUAAGUUCAUUUGCAUCCCAUAGCCGUCUGUAAAUGUUUCCUGCAGUUGUAUGUACUUAAAUGCACGCUUAUCCAUUGUACAUAACUAGACAUUUUUUGUGCUAAAAUAUAUUAAGUGGGAUUUUUGUAGCAAAGCAUUCUAUUUUUCUGUUCUUACUCUGUGUGUGUUGUUGUUGUUUUUUUACAUUAACCUUCAGUUUAAACACUGGAGUAUUUAUUUCAUUUUUUUUAGCAACUUGACUCUUAGAAGCCUUAGACUAAUUUUUUAAUAAAUAUUCAACCAAAAAUUAUAAAUUUCUUAAGAUGUGGCCUUACAUAUAGCAUUCCUUGUGUUUGUAAUGUGAGAUUUUUUGAUUAGAGAAAUCAAAAGAUUCUGGAUUAAAGUUUCAUUGUAAGUUGAAAUAGAAAAUAUGUUAAAAUGUCUAGGCUUCUGGGAGGAAGUUCUUACACUCUUCUUUCUUUGCAUUAGAAAGAAGCAAUAUGAAUUUUUACAAAUAUUCAGGCAAUUGUAUCCAGUUUAGAUUGAUUUAGGUUUGUCUUAACCAAUGUUUCUUUAAAAUUUCAGGUUGUUGGCAUUCACUCUGAGUAUGCAGCUACUGUGGUUUUUGUAUGGGACAUAUAAACACUUUGUUAGGUGUAGACAGACUUUAAUGUUUCAGAGACUUCCUGCUCUAUUAACAUGUUGUAAUAGGAGUCUUAAAAUAUUAGGUAGAAUUUAAUUGAAGUCACACAAAUCUUGAAAUGGUAUCAGCAAAUAGUAAAUACUACAGAAAGUCUUUCAUGCACGAGCAUCCUAAAAUUCUGCCAUGGGUGUAAAUGUUUUGCAUUAAUUUCAUAAUUGAACAGAUAGACCCUGCAUUUAGUAAAAACAUUUCAUUUUGAAGAUGUGUUCUUUUUGUCACACUGUUACUGCAUAACACUUCGCAGCAUUUUGUAAGUUAAAUUAUUUUAAAAUACAAUGGUAAAUUCAUGUUUAUUUUUUUACUUUGAAAAUUGUAGUACUCAGGUGGUAUUUAAUGGGAAAGGAUCCUUGGGGUAAAUCAUAAUGUAUUCUAAGGAAUGCAUCUAUAACAUUGACGACUUUAGCCUUAAAAAAAAGGUCUAUUCUUACUCUUCUUCCUCUUCAUCCCAUGGUAUAUUAGCAAAGUAGUUUACAGCCUUGUACAGCCUUACAAAGUUGUUUUACAAUUUUUAAUGGAAAGCCCUUAACAACAACAACAAAAAAUUGUGUCAUAUUACCAGUAUCCAUGAAUUGACUGAAUCACGGUUUGUAAAUAAUUUGUCUAAUACCAGAAGGCCAAAGAAAGUCUUAAAAUUUUAGCUAUUGACUCUGGUGACUUCACAAUAAGAUUUCUGUGCAAAAGGUAAGGUGAUAUUUGAUCAAAUAGACAUCUUUUUGGUGUCCGUGAGAACUAGCUUCCAUAUUAGCUUCUUUAAAAAGCUCAUUCCAUUUUAUUAAAAUGUUUGUAAUUGCAAUUUUGUGUUUAAUGUUUACUUUCUGUCUUUUCUUUCUUUAGCAUUUAGGUGACUGUUCAGCAGUUUGCUAUAUGGCCAUUGUUGGCCCUAAACUGCACUAGUAACAAGCAUGGUAUUUAUCUUGUAUUGAAAAAUAAAACAGUUUUGAUAAUA